UAUUAGUACUGCGUUAACUAAGCACAUAGCACUGCUAAUAAAAGUAUUUAUAUUGUUACAUACCGGCAAUUCUUGACAAAUUCAAGUGCGAUACAUAGUCUAACUUAGACAUAUGUAUAUCCAAGAUGAAAACAGUGCAUUUGGUUUUCUUAAUCGGUGCGCUUUUACCGGUUUCACACACUGAUCAAGGUCGACGCAACGGUUUUGUUGAAAUUUUUCGCGAUAACUUUAACAGCAAUGGAGCACCUGACCCGGGAAAAUGGAAGCUAGAGCAGACCACUGCAGAUGCUCAUUUUCCAGGCGAAAGGCAGGUUUACCGACAGGAAAAUGUCGCUGUGGAAAAUGGAUUGUUGCAUGCGUACACCAAAUGGGAACAAUACAACGGUUUCAAGUAUACUUCGGGGAUGGUGAGCACGAGAGGCUUGUUUGAUUUUCAGUAUGGAGAGCUGGAAUGGCGCGCCAAGGUGCCUGACACUGAGAAAAUCUGGGGAACUGUUAUGCUGCAAAAUUCCCAGUGUGACCCUACUGUUCCUUGCCGCGACUUUCCAGGAAAAAUAACUACUGUUAUUAGCGGCGACGAAGCGCGCGCCAGCAUUGCCGACUACGUGAAGGACAGAGAAAGACCUCCUCCAGAAAUGUUUGAGGUUUACUUCAUUUCUCUUCCGCGUGACUUCAGUCGGAACUUUCAUGUCUUUAAAAUCACUUGGACACCCGAAAAAGUCGUCUGGUUCGUCGACGACGUGGCGAAAUGGACUAUUACCGGAGAGGCUGUGCCCCACGUACGCAUGCAGGUUGUGAUGCACAAUUACGCAAACCGACUAGUGCAUAAUGUUCCUCCGGCGGAUGCCAAAUUCCCCUCUGAUUUUGCAAUCGAUUACGUGGUAGUGCGACAGUUCAAUAACUCAACGGGAUAAUCCUGAAACUUCUGCAUACCGAAAUGUCAUUGAACGAUCGUGCGGCGAUAGGUUAUACACAUUUUUUGGAACUUUGAUUAGAAAAGAUACGGCCGGCAACAUAUGCGUGAAAUCCCAUAAGUGUUUGUGUAAAGUAACUGUUUACCUGCAGAGCCGAUGUAAGUUACCUUAGCCAGCGUACUUUUACUCCAUUAAAAGAGCAUUUCGAUAAGUCAAAAUCAAUCGUGGAGAGUCAUCUGCAACCGUGCAAAGUGACUUACACAAAACCAAAAAGUAAAGUGAUACUUUACCGCCGACUUCAUACUCCAGGAUGUACAGUCAUUUCCAAUACGCAUCUGGCAUCCUCUUUUCUAUGCUAAUUUACUCGUUGAUGUAUAUAAUACUGUAUACACUAUACACCAAUUGGUAACCAUACUUUCUGAAUAAAUUUAAUGGAGUUUUCAACAAAAAAGCAGUGUUGAAAAUUAACAUGCACCGCAGCAGCGGAAUAAGCUUGCGUUCCCAUCCGCCCGUGACAAUGCGUUCGGCCAUGUUUUGGCAGCAACCCAUCUCGAUGGCAUCUGGAUG